AUGAUGCGGUCUCUGGGCCCCCGCAGUGGCACCCCCAACGGGAGCCCUCUAAGACCACGACACCGCCGUCCUCCCGCCGGAAGACUCCAGGCCGCCGCCACUCAGGGCCGGGACCGGGACCGCGAGCAGCGGCGCCGCCGAGGGCCAGGAGGCGACGCACCCCGGGCCUUGCUGUCCACCCCUCGCGGCUCCUCGUCUUCGUCGUCGCCGCCACCGCCCGCCAGGCCCUGGUCGUCGGCUUCGUCCGGUGAGCGGCCCGGAGGCCCGAGGCGGCGGCGGCCCCGACCCAGGCCUCGGCCCCCACGACCCCGCGCUCGGAAGCGGCCCGCCGGUUCGGGUAGCCGCGGGGAGGAAGAGGAAGAGGAGGAUGAAGGGGGCGCCGACGACGGGGAAGCUGAGGAGGAGCCGGAGGAAGAAGAGGAGGAGGAGGAUUUGAUCGAUGGCUUUGCCAUCGCCAGCUUCGCCAGCCUCGAGGCCUUGCAGAAGGAUGCAUCUCUUCAGCCCCCAGAGCGACUGGAACAUCGGCUGAAGCAUUCUGGGAAACGGAAGAGGGGGGGCUCCAGUGGGGCCACUGGGGAGCCAGGGGACAGCUCUGAUCGUGAGCCUGGCCGGCCCCCUGGGGACCGGCCCCGCAAAUGGCCCAACAAGCGGAGAAGGAAAGAGGCCUUCUCCCGGCACUCUGUGGAAGCUGGAUACAUAUGUGAUGCAGAAAGUGAUCUGGACGAGAGGGUCUCUGAUGAUGACCUCGAUCCGUCCUUUACUGUCUCAACCAGCAAAGCCUCGGGCCCCCACGGCACCUUCAAUGGGAACUGUGAAGCAAAACUCUCCGUGGUCCCUAAAGUGUCGGGCCUGGAGCGGAGCCAGGAACAGCCCCCAGGGCCCGACCCGCUGCUAGUGCCUUUCCCCCCGAAGGAACCACCACCUCCGCCGGCCCCCCGGCCUCCGAUCUCACCCCCUGCACCUUUGCCGGCCGCCCCCAGUCUGCCGCCCCCACCCCAGCCCCAGCUGCAGCUUCGGGUCUCGCCCUUUGGCCUGCGCACUUCUCCCUAUGGCAGCAGCCUGGACCUCAGCACUGGCAGCUCUUCACGGCCGCCCCCCAAGGCCCCGGCCCCUCCCGCGGCUCAGCCUCCCCCCUCAUCAUCCUCUUCGUCCUCCUCCUCUUCCUCUGCCUCCUCCUCGUCCACGCAGCUCACCCACCGGCCCCCGACGCCCUCACUCCCACUGCCCUUGUCCACCCACGGCUUCCCCCCACCUGGGCUGCGGCCCCCACCCCCACCCCACCACCCCUCCUUGUUCUCCCCUGGCCCAGCCCUACCCCCACCCCCGCCCCUGCUGCAGGUGCCAGGGCACCCUGGGGCCUCAGCUGCUAACGCCCUUUCUGAGCAGGACCUGAUCGGCCAGGACCUGAACUCUCGCUACCUGAAUGCCCAGGGUGGCCCUGAGGUGGUGGGGGCAGGGGGCUCAACACGGCCCCUGGCCUUCCAGUUCCACCAGCACAACCACCAGCACCAGCACACCCACCAGCACACCCAUCAGCACUUCACCCCUUAUCCCCCGGGCCUGCUGCCUCCCCACGGCCCCCACAUGUUUGAGAAAUACCCAGGCAAGAUGGAAGGCCUUUUCCGACAUAAUCCGUACACGGCCUUCCCUCCCGCAGUGCCCGGCCUCCCUCCGGGCCUCCCGCCGGCUGUCUCCUUUGGCUCCCUGCAGGGGGCCUUCCAGCCCAAGAGCACGAACCCUGAGCCGCCACCACGACUGGGGCCAGUACCGAGCGGGCUCCCCCAGAAGGGGACACAGAUCCCCGAGCAUUUCCGGCCACCUUUGAGGAAGCCAGGGAAAUGGUGUGCCAUGCACGUGCGCUUGGCUUACAUGAUCCUGAGACACCAAGAAAAGAUAAAGGGUGAUUCCCACAAGCUUGACUUUCGGAACGACCUCCUGCCCUGCCUUCCCGGGCCCUAUGGGGCCCUGCCCCCUGGGCAGGAGCUCUCCCACCCGGCCUCCCUCUUCACUGCGACUGGUGCCGUCCACGCUGCAGCCAACCCUUUCACAGCAGCUCCCGGGGCCCACGGACCCUUCCUGAGCCCCAGCACCCACAUUGAUCCCUUUGGGCGUCCCACAAGCUUCGCCUCCUUGGCUGCCCUCUCCAACGGGGCCUUUGGAGGCUUGGGCAGCCCCACAUUCAACUCCGGCACCGUCUUUGCCCAGAAAGAAAGCCCAGGGGCCCCACCAGCCUUCGCCUCCCCCCCAGACCCCUGGGGCCGCCUGCACCGAAGUCCCCUGGCCUUCCCUGCCUGGGUGCGGCCCCCGGAGGCUGCCCGGACCCCAGGCUCAGACAAGGAGCGGCCUGUGGAGCGGAGGGAGCCCUCGAUCACCAAGGAGGAGAAGGACAGGGACCUCCCGUUCUCACGGCCCCAGCUCCGUGUUUCUCCUGCUACUCCCAAGGCCCGGGCGGGUGAGGAAGGGGCUCGGCCUGCCAAGGAGUCCGUGCGGGUAAAGGAAGAGCGGAAAGAGGAGGCUGCUGCCGCUGCUGCUGCUGCUGCCGCCGCUGCUGCCGCCGCCGCCGCCGCUGCCGCUGCUGCAGCCACUGGGCCUCAGAGCCUUCACCUGCUGUUUGAGAGGCCCCGGCCGCCCCCCUUCCUGGGCCCUAGUCCACCAGAGCGCUGUGCUGGCUUCCUAGAGCCAGCAUGGUUGGCAGGGCCCCCACGCCUCGCCAGGCCACCCCGCUUCUAUGAGGCUGGAGAGGAGCUGACUGGACCUGGGGCCGUGGCCGCUGCCCGCCUCUACGGUCUCGAGCCGGCUCACCCCUUACUCUACAGCCGACUGGCUCCUCCACCCCCACCUGCUGCAGCCCCAGGAACCCCUCAUCUUCUCAGCAAGACCCCCCCGGGAGCCCUUUUGGGGGCACCACCUCCACUUGUGCCCGCCCCCCGGCCCACUUCUCCUCCUCGGGCCCCUGGCCCAGCCCGGGCCGACAGGUGAGGGAGGGGUGCAGUGGGUACAAAGCUCCAGCUCCCUGUUGGACAAGAUCUUGUGGCUGAGGCUUUAAGCCAAGGCCAGAAGGCAGAGGUCGUGACUUCACAGUCUCUGAGGUCAUGGACCUGGGAGCAGAAGCCCCAGCCCCCAGGAGGUCAAGUGUCACAGGAGCCAUGGGGUCGCUGGGAGGGCAGAGGCCACAAGCCUGAGGGGGUGUGUGAGCAGGCUCAUUUCAGAGGCCUUGGCUCCUGACCUCUCGAGGUCACCUUCACCCCUCUACAGGCCUUUUGCGGCACUUGGCCUCCUCCCCAAGGGUUCACUAGGCCAGAGGCCAAAGUGCCCCCCUCCAGCUACCACCCAAGUCCUCAUGCCCUCCCAGGGCCAGAAGAGGGGCUAAAGGAAAGGGGUUCCAUGUACAUAUUUAUCUCCCCUUCCACAUAGUCCCCCAGACCUUUUGUACAUUUUUACAGGGGUGCCCCUCAACAGUCCCAUUCCUGGUUAAUUCAAUCCUCAGACUGGUGCUGUGUUCCUAGCCUUUGGCCCCUGUGGUAGGAGGGCUGGCAGGGGAAGAGCUGGGAAAGGACGGGCUGGAAUCUAGGGCUUAUUCCUGGGAAUGGGGGUCGAUCUUGCAGAAGGUGGACCCAGAGAAAGGGACCUUGGGACCUAGGCUGCAAGGAAGGGCAAAUGCCACCUGCUGACAGCCCAGGCCCCCACCCAACUCGUUCUUAUUAACUCUGCCCUCAACUCCACUUCUCACUGACUCGGUGCCCCGCCCAUUUCCAAGUGCCCCCAGGACUCCUGGGCCCUGCUCCGAAGAACCCUAUUCUCCAGAACCCUGCCCAGGCUGGGGGGUGGGCAGAAAAGGUCACCAUGUACCAUACACCAAAGAAAGGGGUUGGCCCAGGGCUGGGCAGCAGGCCACUGCUCUGGUAGCCUUGCGCAGCAGCCCCAGCCUUCCCAAAGCAGCAGGUGUCUCCAGGCUGGGCCCCACUAGAAGGCAGGGCUCAGGUUAACAAAACCAUAACUUUGACUUUUUUCCCCGGUGGGGCUUAUUCUGUAACAUGACUUGCGGAUAUUUAUAUAAAAAUGAGUGUUACAAUGA